AUGGUUAUUAGCAAACAGCUUAGCAAACGCACCCACCAAACGAACAGGAUCAAGCGGUUCUAUCGGUCGUUUAGCAAUGAACAAAAGUUGCUGAUAGGGACCGUGUUGGUAGCCACUUCGAUCCCCUUGACGCUGCUCUGGUUGGUGUCCAACCAUGAUCCUGCUACCACCGAUCUCUUGACGGCGGCCCAAAAGUACACUCGGAUUGAACUAGAGAAAGGGGAAGAAGGAGCGUUGGAAUGGAAUCCACGGCUCUACGAACGACCAGGACAAAAAUGGGAUGAUUUUAGUAUUGGAAAAAGUUGUCGAUGGAAUUCCUAUCGAAACCAGAAAACGGAUACCCAAGAAGGCAGUUGGCACUGUAUCGAUUGUGGUUUAUCCGUGGAAGAUGCCUGCAAGCCAUUGCAACGAAGAGGAAUCUGCAGUCCGUUCAAUAUGUUGAAUUGGGAUGCCGACCGACCCCGGAAACGAUCGCAUUUUCGAACCCAAGCCAUGGAUGUGGCGUCGGGAUGGGUCACCACGCAUGCAACACAUCCCACCAAUUACGAACAGGCUCCCUGCACGUCCGACUUGGCACUGCCGUGUUUUAAUUUGACACGGUGUCCUACAGAUGAUGAGCCCAUGAAGGUGUACUUUCAUAAUCCAGAACGGAAUGCGCAUCUGACAUACACGGUCGAUUUGGCGGCCAAAAAGUUGCCGGGAGAGAUCAUGUUGACCACCAAUCAUAGUGAGGGAUGUCUAUUUGUGGUAUCGGAAUACUCGUUCAAGAGUAAAGAAGAAAUGAUACAUAAUCCCCUUUAUAUGGCUGGUCAAAAUCACUUUGCUUGGAACUCUGGUGUCUUCUUUGGAGCCCACGGAGAUCGACCGCAUCCUCACCACUUCAAUUUUGAGUUUGCCGCAUUGGCAUCGGGAGGUUUUACGGAUGCGCAGUUUCGUCCUGGUUAUGACAUGAGCAUGCACUUGCCACAAGUCUGGAAGAGACCCAACGAAACAAGCCACUUGGACAUGCACCGUCCCAGGAGACUCCUGUUGAGUUUCAAAGGAGCCAUCGAUACGUUCAAUGUGAAACAGGCCAUUCCCUUUGAACACCAUCGGUGGCUGGCACUGGAAUACUGGGAGACAGCGCCGGAUGUCUUUGUGGAUGCACGAUGUGUAUACGACAAUGUCGAAUAUAGCUCCAAACAGGAUCAAGAGUCGUACGGAGAAUUGUUGCUCAAUAGCACGUUUGUGUUUGCCCCGGGUGGUGGAGGUGCCAACAGCUUUCGAUUUCAGGAAUCGCUGGCAGCCGAUGCUAUCCCUGUGGUGGUGUCGUAUGUUGUAUUACCAUUUUCACCCGAGAUUGAUUGGAUGGGUUGUGUGGUCAAAGUCUCGGAAGCUAGGAUUCCGGACCUCCCACGAAUCUUGCGAAACAUUCCAGAAUCAGAGGUCCAGGCACGAAGGGAGCGAUGUCGUUUGCUCUACAGAGGGCUGCUUGGACGAGAGCAAGACAUCAAUGGGGAUUGGGACAUGGCACCUCAUUAUAGUCAUACCUUUUUGUUUGCCCUGAAGAUCUGGCGACAGCGCAUUCGAAAGGCACAUUACAUGCGAGAACUAAUGGGGGAAUUGGAUGAUUUAGUAUUGCAUGCUUCCAUGUAUGAGAAGGAAUUCAAGACGAAUGAACCGUUUCAGUGA